UCAUUCAGACUCGUUGGGACCGGCAGUGGACGGACAGAUUAAAGGGGUGCAGCGCUGUGCAUGAUGGCCAUCGGCACAGGAACGUCCCUGGUCCUGUCAUCCCUGCUGUCUCUCCUGCUCUUCACCGGCAUGCAGAUGUACAGCCGCCAGCUCGCCUCCAGCGAAUGGUUGACCAUCCAAGGGGGGCUGCUGGGCUCUGCCCUCUUCAUCGUCUCUCUGACGGCCUUCAACAAUCUGGAAAACUUGAUUUUCGGCAAAGGAUUCCAAGCCAAGAUCUUUCCGGAAGUUUCAGUCUGCCUCUUGCUGGCCCUGUUUGCGGCGGGAUUGAUUCACCGAGUCUGCGUCACCACCUGCUUCCUCUUCUCCAUGGUGGGCCUGUAUUACAUCAACAAGAUCUCCUCCACGCUGUACCAGUCGGCACCUCUGCUCCCUGCUCCCGCCAAGGCCGUUAGCAAAAGCAGGAAAAGAAAUUGAUGCCCCA